GGGUAGCGUGGCGUCAGCGCAAGAUGGCGGCCUCAGCGGCGCCGUUCCUGCGGUUGUGGAGCGGGCUCCGGCAAGGCGCGCGGGGGCUGUGCGCGAGGCUCGCGACGCCGCCCCCUCGGGCCCCGGACCAGGCAGCGCUUGCGUCCCGGGCUAGAUGCUUUGGGGCUCAAGUGCGUCCUCUGGACCCCACCUCCUCGACCGCACGUGGGCGCCGGGGGAGGGGAGUCAUCUGUUCCCCCAUCUCAGUGACUGUUCAGGCUACAGAGAUUGGGAGCCGAGCAGGCACUAAGGCCCAGGCCCAGGGGCCACAGCAGCAGAGGAACUCGGAGGGUCCCAGCUAUGCCAAAAAAGUCGCACUCUGGCUUGCUGGGCUGCUCGGGGCUGGUGGGACCGUGAGCGUCAUCUAUAUUUUUGGAAACAACUCUGUGGAUGAAAAUGGUGCCAAGAUUCCCGAUGAAUUCGACAACGAUCCAAUUCUGGUACAGCAGUUGCGCCGGACAUACAAAUAUUUCAAAGAUUAUAGACAGAUGAUCAUCGAACCCACCAGCCCCUGCCUUCUCCCAGACCCUCUGCGGGAGCCGUACUACCAACCACCGUACACGCUGGUCUUGGAGCUCACUGGCGUCCUCUUGCACCCUGAGUGGUCGCUGGCCACUGGCUGGAGGUUUAAGAAGCGUCCAGGCAUCGAGACCUUAUUCCAGCAGCUCGCCCCUUUGUAUGAAAUCGUCAUCUUUACAUCAGAGACUGGCAUGACUGCCUUUCCACUCAUCGACAGCGUGGACCCCCACGGCUUCAUCUCCUACCGCCUGUUCCGGGACGCCACGAGAUACAUGGAUGGACACCAUGUUAAGGACAUUUCGUGUCUGAAUCGGGACCCAGCCCGAGUAGUAGUCGUGGACUGCAAGAAGGAAGCCUUCCGCCUACAGCCCUACAACGGCGUCGCCCUGCGGCCCUGGAAUGGCAACUCCGAUGACCGGGUCUUAUUGGACCUAUCUGCCUUCCUGAAGACCAUUGCUCUGAAUGGUGUGGAGGAUGUCCGAACUGUGCUGGAGCACUACGCCCUGGAGGAAGACCCACUGGAGGCUUUCAAGCAGAGGCAAAGCCGGCUGGAACAGGAGGAGCAGCAGCGCCUGGCUGAGCUCUCCAAAUCCAGCAAGCAGAACCUCUUCUUUGGCUCCCUUACCAGCCGCUUGUGGCCUCGCUCCAAACAGCCCUGACCUCUAGGCCGCCUCAAACUCAGUGCCUGGGUUCUGGGCCUCAGGCCCAGUGCUCCCAGACCACGGCUUGGCCAACCACAUGUCCAAUAAAGUUCAUCCCAGACGCCA